AUGUCUCACUGUCAAUUUUUUGUUAUUUUCUUUCUUCUAUUCGUAUUAAUGAAUAUCGAUUGUACUACAUCGUUGAUCGAAAAUAAAUCACAACAUAUUUCUUUAAAGGUGCCUCAUUUGAGUGUUAAAACUCAUAGUAAUCGUCCGAGUCUUAAACCAUUGAGAAAUGUUACGAGAAGAAAGAUGAAAUCAAAAUUAGUUACCAAGAACAAAUUUUAUAAUCCAUGCAAUGAGGUACAUACAAAAACUAAUGGAACUACUUGUGGUCUUAGAGAAAUAAUGAUUGGUCGCUGUUCGCACUACCAAUAUAUUAAGAAUGGAUUUGUGCAACCCAAUGGAUCUCGUGCGAAAAAUUGCACGGAACUCUAUGAAGCCUUCGAAUCAGCUGUUCGAUAUAAAUCAUAUUGUAAUAUGAAUAUGAGUACAUACGGGCGGUACUUUGAACUAGCGCUCGGCGAUCUACAUGUCAUCAAUCGAGCAAUGUUCUGGAGUGGUACUUAUGCUAUUGCUCAUACUUAUGGUUCUAAUGGUCGUAAUUAUGUUACACUGGAAGAUACACUUGCAGCAGCUAUGGUUAAUGGUCUUACAUGGUGUGGAAAAGAAAAUGAUACAGAAGGUUUCGAUUUUGUUAGCUGUCCAUAUAGAUGCAAAGAUAAUCAAUGGGCUGAUUAUGCUUUUUGGGGAUUAGCGUCGAAAACAUUUGCCCAAUUAGCAGCUGGAGAAGUAUAUGUCGUUUUAAAUGGCAGUCAAGCAAAUGGAAAAUCUGCCUUUCGUAACGAUUCAUAUUUUCGUUCUUUUGAACUUCCCAAUUUACGACAAAAUGGUACAUAUCGUGUUACAAAAGUGAACAUUCUGGUUUUACAUUCACCUGAUGCAGAAGUUGUAGAAAGAUGCGGUCAAAAGAGCCUGCUGGAGUUAGAAAGACUGGUUCAAAACAAAGGCUUUGAUUAUGCAUGUGAAGAUGAUCCAGAAGAAUUAAUUUUAAUUAUGUGUAGUGAACACUGGCAUGCACGUGAAUGUCAAGUGGCUCGUCAAGUUUUAAGGCAAACAUGGAAUAAAAAACUAUAUGGCAUAUCAAAUAGCAAUCGUAAUUUAUUAUCUUUAGUUAUCUUUUCAUUGAUUUUUGGAUUCAAUUUCAUAUUUUGA